AUGGAGACUAAUCUCGAGUUAUUGCGCCACCACUUCGCGCUUAUUGAUGCUAGCUUUUGUUUUGUUGCAAAACAUCGCGCCUCUCCCACCGUGCGUAGUGUCUUGCGUGUAGCCAAUAGCUUUGGCGCUUCGCAACUCGAGCGCCAUCAUCUGGUAGAAUUAGCAGCCUUAGCUCCAGAGCUCCUUGUUCUCAAAUAUCCCGAAUCGAAAAUACAACUUCAAUCUGAAGAUGUUUUUGCUCCUGCGCCAGUAAGCGAGGAAGAUGUUGAAAUUGUGACGUUUCCACUUGCACCACAAACGAGUCAACGAGCAAGUAUCAAGCGAAAGGCUUUAUUCAAUGCAGCUUUGAAAACAAAAAAAAAUCUGGUGGAAGGUCAAGAGCAGACCAAGGAGCUGCUUCCAAGCGAACAAUUUUCGUUGGAUCCUGUAAGCUCGACAUCACCUAAGCAAGUCUUAGAACACAAUGAUUGGGGUUCAUCGGUAUUAGCUAUGCUGCAGCAAUUAGACCUGUACAAGGAUCAGAUUGUUCACGUAGAGCGUCGAAGCUCACGACAAGCGCAGUAUCGAGAUCUUAAGCCACUGCAGCUAUCAACAAGAGUGUGUCAAGCACUGGAAAAGUGUCACAAAAUUCAACAGUUGUACUCUCACCAAUUUGAAGCGAUCGAUGCAAUCUGCCAUGGCAACAAUGUCGUGCUGUCGACUGCAACUGCGAGUGGUAAAUCCCUCGCGUACAAUACACCAAUGCUGAGCAUGUUGCUUGAAGACCCAAACGCGACAUUCAUAUAUCUUUUUCCAACAAAAGCACUAGCGCAGGAUCAGCUCAAGGCAUUGAUACGUUUGUUAGACGCUGCAGACCUUUCGCUGAAAGUGGCAGCAACAUUUGAUGGAGACACCCCAAUGAAAAGCCGCUCAAAGUUAAUUCGCGAAACACGAAUCUUUCUUACAAAUCCAGAUAUGCUUCACCUGACAAUUUUGCCGCAGCAUCGUCAAUGGUCAAAAGUGCUGUCAAAUCUCAGAUUACUAGUCGUUGACGAAGCACAUAUGUACCGCGGUGUUUUUGGGUCACACGUCUCUUGCGUCUUUCGUCGACUUUUUCGUCUUUGUGCGCUUUACGGUUCCAAUCCGCAAAUUGUGUGCUGCUCGGCCACAAUUCAGAAUCCAGAAGCUCACUUUUGUCAACUAUUACCGACCCUUCCACAGCAGUCGGGAUCAUGCGCUAGUGCCCAAGGAGAUGGAGAGAAAGAGGAUGAUACGAGCCCACCUAGCAUGUCUUUUUUUCGACAGCGUCAUUUGAAAGUGAUUACUGAAGAUGGUGCUCCAUCUAAUGAGAAAGUAUUUUGUAUUUGGAACCCAAAAGGAUCCCAGCCGAAAAGUUGUGCUGAUCUGCAAUCGGGAAGCAUCUCGUCAGAAGCAAUUGAUGCCCCUAAGCCAACAAUAUCAAGCCAAGUUUUUAGAAAACGCAAGCGCGACACAAAAUCAAUCAGUCUACUCAAGACUGACAUUAAAGAGCAGGAAAAUGAUGUCAGCCGCAGUACAAGUGCGAUUUACCAUGGGUCUCGACUUCUUGCUCGCUUUGUGGAAGCAGAGAUAGCAACUCUGCUCUUUUGCCGUGGCAGAAAGCUGACUGAAUUGGUGCUGAUGAACGUUCAUUCAAUCUUAAAUGCUGAGUCAAAAACUCGUCACUUGCAUCGUCGAGUAAGCUCGUAUCGAGGUGGAUAUACACUCGAAUGCAGGCGACGAAUUGAGCAGCGAUUAUUUAAUGGAGAUCUACUUGGUGUUGUGGCAACAAAUGCUUUAGAACUUGGUAUUGACAUUGGUGAGCUGGACUGCACGAUCCAUCUUGGCCUUCCGUCCAGUAUCGCUUCAUUGUGGCAACAAGCUGGUCGGGCAGGUCGUCGACAGCAGCAAACGAAACAGAAACAAUCUGUUGCCGUGAUCGUAUGCUUUGAUGCGCCUUUAGACCAGCAUUUUGCUCAAAAACGACACGCAAUGGAAUUAUUCAAAUUGUCACCAGAAGCCGUUAGUUUAAAUCCCAUGAAUCACCGAGUUCUUGGGCAGCAUUUGUUGUGCGCUGCUAGGGAAUCUGCUCUUUAUUCGUCGCAAUCCGGAACAGAUUAUAUCGAUUCUUUCGUCUUCGGUAACCUUUCGAAUACCUCUGAAGUUGAUAAUCUAGUAGUGACAUCGGAAAUCAGCCAGGUGCUUGAUCCUCUUGUACAAGAGAAAAAACUGAUGAAGUGUCUUGAGGCAGGUGGGCAUUGGAAUUAUCGAGUCCAUCCAUGCAUGCCGAUAAAGUUUCGUGCUGUGAAUUUGCGCAGUAUAUGCGAUGAAAUCUAUACGGUCAUGCUUAGAAAUACUAAAACUAUUGAUGACGUGGCUGACGAAGAAGCUCUGGAUGAAAUUCCAGGAGACAAAGCGUUUUUUCAAGUUUAUCCAACUGCUGUGUAUUUGCAUCAAGCACAAGAGUAUCUGAUCACACGUCUUGAUUGUGUUCAGCGCAUUGCAUAUGCAGAAAAAUGUCCUGAAUCACUUAAAUAUUUUACAACCUGUCGCGAUUGCACGGAUUUGGAGGUUGUGCGUGUGCACAGCACCAAACAGCUUGGAAGCGACCGUGUGAAUGUCGAAAUGAUUGAUUAUGUUCGAGUUUGUGUCGGUACUGUCUCCAUCAAGACCCGAGUCUUUGGAUCGACAAUGCUGGAAAAGCGUAGUAUGCGAUUACUCGGAACACACGAGUUCUCAUUGCCACCUAUGCAGUCUUUCGGCGAAGCAGUCUGGCUCGAGUUUCCAAUUGCAAUCCGAAACCAGGUUGAAAAAAUCAGCAAGAGGUCGUGGACUGCAGCUCUGCAUGGGGUUGGUCAUCUGUUUGUCGCCCUCGUUCGACUAUUCAUCCUAUGCGAUGCUGAAGACGUUGGAACUGAGCACGUUAAUGAGUUUGAGCAACGUAUUAAGCCGAACCGUGUCACAAUCUUCGAGCGGCGUGAAGGAGGAAGUGGAUUAAUACCUGAGAUUACGAAGAUUUUACCAAAGCUAAUUGAAAAAGCCUGGACUAUCGCGAGCGAAUGCCUCAUGGAAGUCUUCAGAUUCUCGACUACCUUCGCAAUGUGGUCAAUAGUGGUGACUCGUAAAUUUUCUUGA